AGGGAUCUGAGCGCAUUUGGGGACCCCUACUGGAUCAAUAAAGCCUUCCUCAGCCAGACUGGGUCCGCGGUCUAAAGGUCCCGCAUGAGUGCGUCUCCCCGAGGAAGUGGUCUUUCUUGGCCUGGCCUCAAUCUCUUUCUCCAAAUUCUCGGUCUCCCUAAGGGGCCCUGAGGGGUCCUCGCUCUGGUCCCCCUGGGGUCCCCGGAGCUCCGAUCCCUCUGCAUUCCCAGCCGGUGUAGUGUAACCUCUCCUGCGGGCGCUAUGGGUGCGGAGCAGUGGGAAAAGCCGGGGCCCUGGAGCGCUUCGGGCUGGGGGAGGGCUGUUUCUCGGGAUGGCUUUUCCUGAUUGGCUCCGCCGCCAGCACGCAGCGGCUCUGAUUGGAUGUUAAGUUUCCUUUCCCAUCCCCCCCUCCGCUUUAGACCCCGCACUUUCGUGGAGCACAGGGGUGGGAGAGCACGGAUCCCCAAGGGUCACCAUCAGCGCUGGGAGUAAGAACACAAAUGGGUGGGGCCCCAUGGACCCAUGUAGUGACUGCGGGGAAGGAGCAAUCAGAUGGUCCACGUGGGAUGUCACAGACUCGCGUCCUAGCAACGUCCUGAUAGUCACCGGGCCUGGUGGGCACGUGAAGGGGGGUGUCAAAGCUUGCGGCCUGGCUGCGGGGUCAAAAGUGUCACCGUUGGUCCCUUGGUCUCGCGUGGACAUAGAAUCCGGGCCCGCACUGGAUGCGCGGCAGUGCCCCCGCGGUCCAGGACCCCGCCCGCCGCACAGAAAGGGGAUUCGGGACGCUCUCUGGCUGCUUGCGCUCACACACGCCGCGUAGACACGUGCCCGCUGCACGCUGGGUAAAUACAGACCCAGAGGCGAGCGGACCCUAAUUUAGACGCCCGGGAACGCUGCGCGCACGCACACGUGUCUCCGACUCGCUGGCACCUUCGUCUCCGCCCCCUCUGUCGCGUGCGGGGGCGGAGCCGGAGGGGGACGAGGGGCGUGGCUGUACCCUCAGCUCUCCUGGGUCAAAAGGGGAAGGAUGAGCGAGCGAGGCAUCCUCACACCCGCCCCCAGCGCUGUGCCGGCCCCAUCCUGCGCUUCCCAAAUCUCUCCCAGCCCGCAAAUCAGUCCCCGCCCCGAGCGGCGCUGGUGGGAGGAGCUAAGUCUGGGGGCGGAGCUCGGACUCCGGCUCAUUAUCAUAGCAUCUCAGCUAGGGAUGGGGUGGGGGUUUGAGAAGGGCAACCCAGCAUCCCCGACCUCCGCGUUGCCGCCGGGGAUGACGCGAGAGCGCGCGUCCGCCCCCAGAAGGCUCCGGGAGACGGGGUCGGCCUCCGUGUAGACCCCGGGGGUCUCUCGCUCCUGCCAGCACGUCUUCACCAAGGCCGAGAGCCUGGCGCACGCUCGCCCUCCCGCCCCCCCGCCGCCUCUGCCGCCGCCCCCUCCUUGGAAACCAAGUUACCAACGUUAAACCAAUCCCCGAGCGCAAGUCUGCCUCCUCCACACCCUACCCGCCGCGCCGUCCUCUAGCCCAGCUCUGCGCUCGCGCUCCCCUCGCCUCCUGCGCUUCCCCCGCGGCGGCGAUGCCAGGGCCCUCGCCAGGGCUGCACCGGGCGCUGCUCGGUCUCUGGGCUGCCCUGGGCCUGGGGCUCCUCGGCCUCUCAGCGGUCGCGCAGGAGCCCUUCUGGGCGGACCUGCAGCCCCGCGUGGCGCUCGUGGAGCGCGGGGGAUCGCUGUGGCUGAACUGCAGCACCAACUGCCCACGGCCCGAGCGCGGUGGCUUGGAGACCUCUCUGCGCCGGAAUGGGACCCAGAGGGGUUUGCGGUGGCUGGCGCGGCAGCUGGUGGACAUCCGCGAGCCGGAGACUCAGCCCGUUUGCUUCUUCCGCUGCGCGCGGCGCACGCUGCAGGCGCGUGGGCUCAUUCGCACUUUUCGUGAGUUCACAGCGGCCACGCUCCUACUCCACGACGUUCCCUCCUCUCCAGGCCCCGCCCCCUGGGUCACUGGGUCCUCCCCUUCAGGCCCCACCUUCUGGAUCCCCAUGCCCUCCCCUCCCGGCCCUGGGGUUCCCCGCGGCGUCCAGCUGAGCCUCGGCGUUUCCAAGAGCGGUGGUUCCCCCCUUGCAGAGCGGCCGGAUCGCGUAGAGCUGGUGCCGCUGCCUGCCUGGCAGCCUGUGGGCGAGAACUUCACCCUGAGCUGUCGGGUCCCAGGCGCCGGGCCUCGCGCGAGCCUCACAUUGACGCUGCUGCGGGGCGCCCAGGAGCUGAUCCGCCGCAGCUUCGCCGGGGAGCCACCCCGAGCGCGGGGCGCGGUGCUCACGGCCACGGUGCUGGCGCGGAGGGAGGACCAUGGGGCCAAUUUCUCGUGCCGCGCCGAGCUGGACCUGCGGCCGCACGGCCUGGGGCUGUUUGAAAACAUCUCGGCCCCCAGAGAGCUCCGCACCUUCGCCCUGUCUCCGGACGCCCCGCGCCUCGCUGCCCCCCGGCUCUUGGAAGUGGGCUCAGAAAGACCCGUGAGCUGCGCCCUGGACGGGCUGUUUCCGGCCUGGGAGGCCGGGGUCUACCUGGCGCUGGGGGACCAGAGGUUGAGUCCAGAUGUCACCCUCGAGGGGGAUGCGCUCAUGGCCACUGCCACAGCCACAGCGAGCGCAGAGCAGGAGGGCGCCAGGCAGCUGGUCUGCAGCGUGACCUUGGGGGGCGAGAGCCGGGAGACCCGGGAGAACAUGACUGUCUACAGCUUCCCGGCGCCGCUCCUGACCUUGAGCGAGCCCAGCGUCCCCGAGGGGAAGAUGGUGACAGUAACCUGCGCGGCGGGGGCCCGAGCCCUGGUCACGCUCGACGGAGUUCCAGCCGCGUUCCCAGGGCAGCCCGCCCAGCUCCAGGUAAACGCCACCGAGGACGACGACAGGCGCAGCUUCUUCUGCGACGCCACCCUCGAGGUGGACGGGGAAACCCUGAGCAAGAACGACAGCGCAGAGCUGCGCGUCCUAUACGCCCCCCGGCUGGACGACUCGGACUGUCCCAGGAGCUGGACGUGGCCGGAGGGCCCGGAGCAGACGCUGCGCUGCGAGGCCCGCGGAAACCCAGCGCCCUCGGUGCACUGCGCGCGGACCGACGGCGGGGCCGUGCUGGCGCUGGGCCUGCUGGGCCCCGUCACCCGCGCGCUCGCCGGCACUUACCGCUGCACCGCGGCCAACGCCCAGGGCGAGGCGGUCAAGGACGUGACGCUGACGGUGGAGUAUGCGCCUGCGCUGGACAGCGUGGGCUGCCCGGAACGCAUCACCUGGCUGGAAGGAACGGAGGCCUCGCUGAGCUGCGUGGCCCACGGGGUCCCGCCGCCCAACGUGAGCUGCGUGCGCUCGGGGGAGGCCCGAGUCAUCGAGGGCCUGCUGCACGUGGCCCGGGAGCACGCGGGCACGUACCGCUGCGAAGCCACCAACGCUCGAGGCUCUGCGGCCAAGAAUGUGGCUGUCACGGUGGAAUACGGACCCAGUUUUGAGGAGCUGGGCUGCCCCAGCAAUUGGACGUGGGUGGAAGGAGCCGGGCGGCUGUUUUCCUGUGAGGUGGAUGGGAAACCACAGCCACAAGUGGAGUGCGUCGGCUCCGGAGGCAGCAGCGAGGGGGUCCUGCUGCCGCUGGCUCCCCCAGACUCUAGUCCCAGAGCUCCCAGCAUCCCUAGCCACCUGGCACCCGGCAUCUACAUCUGUAACGCCACUAACCGGCACGGCUCCAGGGUCAAGACGGUCGCCGUGAGCUCGGAGUCGGCGCCGCAAAUGGAUGAGUCCACCUGCCCAAGUCACCAGACGUGGCUGGAAGGAACCGAGGCUGAGGCGCUGGCCUGCGCCGCCCGGGGUCGCCCCUCCCCACAGGUGCGCUGCUCCCGGGAGGGCGCGCCGCGACCUCAGCGGCUGCGCGUGUCCCGAGAGGAUGCGGGCACCUACCGCUGCCUGGCCACCAACGCGCAUGGCACGGACGCCCGGACCGUCACGGUGGGCGUGGAAUACCGGCCGGUGGUGGCCGAGCUGGCCGCCUCCCCUCCGGGCGGUGUGCGGCCAGGCGGGAACUUCACCUUGACCUGCCGCGCUGAGGCCUGGCCCCCAGCCCAGAUCAGCUGGCGCGCGCCCCCGGGAGCGCUCAACAUCGGCCUGUCGAGCAACAACAGCACGCUGAGCGUGGCCGGCGCCCUGGGCAGCCACGGCGGCGAGUACGAGUGCGCGGCCACCAACGCGCACGGGCGCCACGCGCGGCGCAUCACCGUGCGCGUGGCUGGGCCGUGGCUGUGGGUCGCCGUUGGCGGCGCGGCUGGGGGCGCUGCGCUGCUGGCCGCGGGGGCCGGCCUGGCCUUCUACGUGCGCUCCACCGCCUGCAAGAAGGGCGAGUACAACGUGCAGGAGGCCGAGAGCUCGGGCGAGGCCGUGUGUCUCAACGGCGCGGGUGGCGGCGCGGCCGGGGGCUCGGGCGCUGAGGCGGGAACAGAGGCUGCGGGCAGCGCCGAGGAGGCGCCGGCGGAGGGCGAGGUCUUCGCCAUCCAGCUGACAUCAGCGUGAGCCCGCUCCCCCAUCCCCGCGGGCCGGGGGACGCCCCUCAGACGCACGCGGGGGCUUCUGUAUCGUUUUAUUUAUUUAAUUAUUCGAUUCCAGGGCGUCACCUCAUUUUCCACCCACCCCCCAAACCCUUUUAAAUAAAGUUUUUAUAAAGGA